UGGAGUAAUGAGAUUCCUGUAAUACUCGGUUCAAAUACGCACGAAGGACUCUUUCAUUAUGCUGAAACUAAGCGCAAACCAUAUUUGGUCAACGAACUAGCUGAUUUCGUGCAUAUGCUGCCAACGGCAGUGAAAGGUGAGCGUGAAGCACAUGAACAAAAAGAGCUGGCCCUACGAAUUAAGGAAGCACAUUUUGGUGAAAAAGUACCACAUCAUAAUGAUACAUUCGAUAAUUACUUAGAAAUGGUGUCUUACAGACAUUUCUUCAGUGACAUUCACCGCACACUCUUGGCUCGUAUGGCCUAUGCUCCUAAUGUACCCACCUAUCUCUAUCACUUUGCAUUCGAUUCGCCACAUUUCAAUCAUUAUCGCAUUUUGAAUUGUGGCAAGUCUGUGCGUGGCGUUUCGCAUGCCGAUGAUCUCUCCUACCUCUUCUACAAUGUGAGUGCCGGUAAAUUAUCGUCUUACAGUGAUGAAUUCAAGACAGUACAACGUAUGACUGGUAUGUGGACAGCAUUUGCUACGACAGGCAAUCCGAAUUGUGAGGAAAUCGCAUCGACCAGCUGGCAACCGGUUGAAGCGAACGAUGCGGAGCGCGCACAACCGAAAUGCCUAAAUAUUGAGGAGGAAGUUGAAUUCAUUACACUUCCACAGGAAAAGCUCAAAGUCUGGGAAAGUUUAUAUACAAACAACAGUUUGUAUUGAGGGAAUCUCUUGCUUAGUUAUCGUUUCUUGCCAGUGCGUUAUUAAUAUAUAUUAUCCGCGUAAAGAAUUUCGUUUACUCUUAAAACUUGUUGUGUUAAAUAUUUUUUACAAAAUUU